AUGAGGGGAUUGGUGAGUGGUGCGGCAGAGCAGGUGAGUGGUGCAGCAGAGCAGGUGAGUGGUGCAGCAGAGCAGGUGCGUGGUGCAGCAGAGCAGGUGAGUGGUGCGGCAGAGCAGGUGAGUGGUGCAGCAGAGCAGGUGAGUGGUGCAGCAGAGCAGGUGAGUGGUGCGGCAGAGCAGGUGAGUGGUGCAGCAGAGCAGGUGAGUGGUGCAGCAGAGCAGGUGAGUGGUGCGGCAGAGCAGGUGAGUGGUGCAGCAGAGCAGGUGAGUGGUGCAGCAGAGCAGGUGAGUGGUGCAGCAGAGCAGGUGAGUGGUGCAGCAGAGCAGGUGAGUGGUGCAGCAGAGCAGGUGAGUGGUGUGGCAGAGCAGGUGAGUGGUGCGGCAGAGCAGGUGAGUGGUGCGGCAGAGCAGGUGAGUGGUGCAGCAGAGCAGGUGAGUGGUGCAGCAGAGCAGGUGAGUGGUGCAGCAGAGCAGGUGAGUGGUGCAGCAGAGCAGGUGAGUGGUGCGGCAGAGCAGGUGAGUGGUGCAGCAGAGCAGGUGAGUGGUGCGGCAGAGCAGGUGAGUGGUGCAGCAGAGCAGGUGAGUGGUGCGGCAGAGCAGGUGAGUGGUGCGGCAGAGCAGGUGAGUGGUGCAGCAGAGCAGGUGAGUGGUGCGGCAGAGCAGGUGAGUGGUGCAGCAGAGCAGGUGAGUGGUGCGGCAGAGCAGGUGAGUGGUGCGGCAGAGCAGGUGAGUGGUGCAGCAGAGCAGGUGAGUGGUGCGGGAGAGCAGGUGAGUGGUGCAGCAGAGCAGGUGAGUGGUGCGGCAGAGCAGGUGAGUGGUGCAGCAGAGCAGGUGAGUGGUGCGGCAGAGCAGGUGAGUGGUGCGGCAGAGCAGGUGAGUGGUGCGGCAGAGCAGGUGAGUGGUGCGGCAGAGCAGGUGAGUAGUGCAGCAGAGCAGGUGAGUGGUGCGGCAGAGCAGGUGAGUGGUGCAGCAGAGCAGGUGAGUGGUGCGGCAGAGCAGGUGAGUGGUGCAGCAGAGCAGGUGAGUGGUGCAGCAGAGCAGGUGAGUGGUGCGGCAGAGCAGGUGAGUGGUGCAGCAGAGCAGGUGAGUGGUGCGGCAGAGCAGGUGAGUGGUGCGGCAGAGCAGGUGAGUGGUGCAGCAGAGCAGGUGAGUGGUGCAGCAGAGCUGGUGAGUGGUGCAGCAGAGCAGGUGAGUGGUGCGGCAGAGCAGGUGAGUGGUGCAGCAGAGCAGGUGAGUGGUGCGGCAGAGCAGGUGAGUGGUGCGGCAGAGCAGGUGAGUGGUGCAGCAGAGCAGGUGAGUGGUGCGGCAGAGCAGGUGAGUGGUGCAGCAGAGCAGGUGAGUGGUGCAGCAGAGCAGGUGAGUGGUGCGGCAGAGCAGGUGAGUGGUGCAGCAGAGCAGGUGAGUGGUGCGGCAGAGCAGGUGAGUGGUGCAGCAGAGCAGGUGAGUGGUGCAGCAGAGCAGGUGAGUGGUGCAGCAGAGCAGGUGAGUGGUGCGGCAGAGCAGGUGAGUGGUGCGGCAGAGCAGGUGAGUGGUGCGGCAGAGCAGGUGAGUGGUGCGGCAGAGCAGGUGAGUGGUGCAGCAGAGCAGGUGAGUGGUGCGGCAGAGCAGGUGAGUGGUGCAGCAGACCAGGUGAGUGGUGCGGCAGAGCAGGUGAGUGGUGCAGCAGAGCAGGUGAGUGGUGCAGCAGAGCAGGUGAGUGGUGCGGCAGAGCAGGUGAGUGGUGCGGCAGAGCAGGUGAGUGGUGCGGCAGAGCAGGUGAGUGGUGCGGCAGAGCAGGUGAGUGGUGCAGCAGAGCAGGUGAGUGGUGCGGCAGAGCAGGUGAGUGGUGCGGCAGAGCAGGUGAGUGGUGCGGCAGAGCAGGUGAGUGGUGCAGCAGAGCAGGUGAGUGGUGCGGCAGAGCAGGUGAGUGGUGCAGCAGAGCAGGUGAGUGGUGCGGCAGAGCAGGUGAGUGGUGCGGCAGAGCAGGUGAGUGGUGCAGCAGAGCAGGUGAGUGGUGCAGCAGAGCAGGUGAGUGGUGCGGUAGAGCAGGUGAGUGGUGCGGCAGAGCAGGUGAGUGGUGCAGCAGAGCAGGUGAGUGGUGCGGCAGAGCAGGUGAGUGGUGUGGCAGAGCAGGUGAGUGGUGCAGCAGAGCAGGUGAGUGGUGCAGCAGAGCAGGUGAGUGGUGCGGCAGAGCAGGUGAGUGGUGCAGCAGAGCAGGUGAGUGGUGCAGCAGAGCAGGUGAGUGGUGCGGCAGAGCAGGUGAGUGGUGCAGCAGAGCAGGUGAGUGGUGCGGCAGAGCAGGUGAGUGGUGCGGCAGAGCAGGUGAGUGGUGCAGCAGAGCAGGUGAGUGGUGCGGCAGAGCAGGUGAGUGGUGCAGCAGAGCAGGUGAGUGGUGCAGCAGAGCAGGUGAGUGGUGCGGCAGAGCAGGUGAGUGGUGCAGCAGAGCAGGUGAGUGGUGCGGCAGAGCAGGUGAGUGGUUCAGCAGAGCAGGUGAGUGGUGCGGCAGAGCAGGUGAGUGGUGCAGCAGAGCAGGUGAGUGGUGCAGCAGAGCAGGUGAGUGGUGCGGCAGAGCAGGUGAGUGGUGCACCAGAGCAGGUGAGUGGUGCGGCAGAGCAGGUGAGUGGUGCAGCAGAGCAGGUGAGUGGUGCGGCAGAGCUGGUGAGUGGUGCGGCAGAGCAGGUGAGUGGUGCAGCAGAGCAGGUGAGUGGUGCGGCAGAGCAGGUGAGUGGUGCGGCAGAGCAGGUGAGUGGUGCAGCAGAGCAGGUGAGUGGUGCGACAGAGCAGGUGAGUGGUGCAGCAGAGCAGGUGAGUGGUGCGGCAGAGCAGGUGAGUGGUGCAGCAGAGCAGGUGAGUGGUGCGGCAGAGCAGGUGAGUGGUGCAGCAGAGCAGGUGAGUGUUGCAGCAGAGCAGGUGAGUGGUGCGGCAGAGCAGGUGAGUGGUGCACCAGAGCAGGUGAGUGGUGCGGCAGAGCAGGUGAGUGGUGCAGCAGAGCACGUGAGUGGUGCGGCAGAGCUGGUGAGUGGUGCGGCAGAGCAGGUGAGUGGUGCAGCAGAGCAGGUGAGUGGUGCGGCAGAGCAGGUGAGUGGUGCGGCAGAGCAGGUGAGUGGUGCAGCAGAGCAGGUGAGUGGUGCGACAGAGCAGGUGAGUGGUGCAGCAGAGCAGGUGAGUGGUGCGGCAGAGCAGGUGAGUGGUGCAGCAGAGCAGGUGAGUGGUGCGGCAGAGCAGGUGAGUGGUGCAGCAGAGCAGGUGAGUGGUGCAGCAGAGCAGGUGAGUGGUGCGGCAGAGCAGGUGAGUGGUGCAGCAGAGCAGGUGAGUGGUGCGGCAGAGCAGGUGAGUGGUGCGGCAGAGCAGGUGAGUGGUGCAGCAGAGCAGGUGAGUGGUGCAGCAGAGCUGGUGAGUGGUGCAGCAGAGCAGGUGAGUGGUGCGGCAGAGCAGGUGAGUGGUGCAGCAGAGCAGGUGAGUGGUGCGGCAGAGCAGGUGAGUGGUGCGGCAGAGCAGGUGAGUGGUGCAGCAGAGCAGGUGAGUGGUGCGGCAGAGCAGGUGAGUGGUGCAGCAGAGCAGGUGAGUGGUGCAGCAGAGCAGGUGAGUGGUGCGGCAGAGCAGGUGAGUGGUGCAGCAGAGCAGGUGAGUGGUGCGGCAGAGCAGGUGAGUGGUGCAGCAGAGCAGGUGAGUGGUGCAGCAGAGCAGGUGAGUGGUGCAGCAGAGCAGGUGAGUGGUGCGGCAGAGCAGGUGAGUGGUGCGGCAGAGCAGGUGAGUGGUGCGGCAGAGCAGGUGAGUGGUGCGGCAGAGCAGGUGAGUGGUGCAGCAGAGCAGGUGAGUGGUGCGGCAGAGCAGGUGAGUGGUGCAGCAGACCAGGUGAGUGGUGCGGCAGAGCAGGUGAGUGGUGCAGCAGAGCAGGUGAGUGGUGCAGCAGAGCAGGUGAGUGGUGCGGCAGAGCAGGUGAGUGGUGCGGCAGAGCAGGUGAGUGGUGCGGCAGAGCAGGUGAGUGGUGCGGCAGAGCAGGUGAGUGGUGCAGCAGAGCAGGUGAGUGGUGCGGCAGAGCAGGUGAGUGGUGCGGCAGAGCAGGUGAGUGGUGCGGCAGAGCAGGUGAGUGGUGCAGCAGAGCAGGUGAGUGGUGCGGCAGAGCAGGUGAGUGGUGCAGCAGAGCAGGUGAGUGGUGCGGCAGAGCAGGUGAGUGGUGCGGCAGAGCAGGUGAGUGGUGCAGCAGAGCAGGUGAGUGGUGCAGCAGAGCAGGUGAGUGGUGCGGUAGAGCAGGUGAGUGGUGCGGCAGAGCAGGUGAGUGGUGCAGCAGAGCAGGUGAGUGGUGCGGCAGAGCAGGUGAGUGGUGUGGCAGAGCAGGUGAGUGGUGCAGCAGAGCAGGUGAGUGGUGCAGCAGAGCAGGUGAGUGGUGCGGCAGAGCAGGUGAGUGGUGCAGCAGAGCAGGUGAGUGGUGCAGCAGAGCAGGUGAGUGGUGCGGCAGAGCAGGUGAGUGGUGCAGCAGAGCAGGUGAGUGGUGCGGCAGAGCAGGUGAGUGGUGCGGCAGAGCAGGUGAGUGGUGCAGCAGAGCAGGUGAGUGGUGCGGCAGAGCAGGUGAGUGGUGCAGCAGAGCAGGUGAGUGGUGCAGCAGAGCAGGUGAGUGGUGCGGCAGAGCAGGUGAGUGGUGCAGCAGAGCAGGUGAGUGGUGCGGCAGAGCAGGUGAGUGGUUCAGCAGAGCAGGUGAGUGGUGCGGCAGAGCAGGUGAGUGGUGCAGCAGAGCAGGUGAGUGGUGCAGCAGAGCAGGUGAGUGGUGCGGCAGAGCAGGUGAGUGGUGCACCAGAGCAGGUGAGUGGUGCGGCAGAGCAGGUGAGUGGUGCAGCAGAGCAGGUGAGUGGUGCGGCAGAGCUGGUGAGUGGUGCGGCAGAGCAGGUGAGUGGUGCAGCAGAGCAGGUGAGUGGUGCGGCAGAGCAGGUGAGUGGUGCGGCAGAGCAGGUGAGUGGUGCAGCAGAGCAGGUGAGUGGUGCGACAGAGCAGGUGAGUGGUGCAGCAGAGCAGGUGAGUGGUGCGGCAGAGCAGGUGAGUGGUGCAGCAGAGCAGGUGAGUGGUGCGGCAGAGCAGGUGAGUGGUGCAGCAGAGCAGGUGAGUGUUGCAGCAGAGCAGGUGAGUGGUGCGGCAGAGCAGGUGAGUGGUGCACCAGAGCAGGUGAGUGGUGCGGCAGAGCAGGUGAGUGGUGCAGCAGAGCACGUGAGUGGUGCGGCAGAGCUGGUGAGUGGUGCGGCAGAGCAGGUGAGUGGUGCAGCAGAGCAGGUGAGUGGUGCGGCAGAGCAGGUGAGUGGUGCGGCAGAGCAGGUGAGUGGUGCAGCAGAGCAGGUGAGUGGUGCGACAGAGCAGGUGAGUGGUGCAGCAGAGCAGGUGAGUGGUGCGGCAGAGCAGGUGAGUGGUGCGGCAGAGCUGGUGAGUGGUGCGGCAGAGCAGGUGAGUGGUGCAGCAGAGCAGGUGAGUGGUGCAGCAGAGCAGGUGAGUGGUGCGGCAGAGCAGGUGAGUGGUGCACCAGAGCAGGUGAGUGGUGCGGCAGAGCAGGUGAGUGGUGCUGCAGAGCAGGUGAGUGGUGCUGCAGAGCAGGUGAGUGGUGCGACAGAGCAGGUGAGUGGUGCGGCAGAGCAGGUGAGUGGUGCAGCAGAGCAGGUGAGUGGUGCGGCAGAGCAGGUGAGUGGUGCGGCAGAGCAGGUGAGUGGUGCGGCAGAGCAGGUGAGUGGUGCGGCAGAGCAGGUGAGUGGUGCGGCAGAGCAGGUGAGUGGUGCGGCAGAGCAGGUGAGUGGUGCGGCAGAGCAGGUGAGUGGUGCAGCAGAGCAGGUGAGUGGUGCGGCAGAGCAGGUGAGUGGUGCAGCAGAGCAGGUGAGUGGUGCGGCAGAGCAGGUGAGUGGUGCAGCAGAGCAGGUGAGUGGUGCAGCAGAGCAGGUGAGUGGUGCGGCAGAUCAGUCAUUGACUCAAUCUGCUCCUCAUUCUCUCAGCUCCUCUUCUUCCAUUCUCUCCCUCACACACUUUCCUUUCCCCCCUCUCUCCCUGUUUCCCUCCCUCCUUCCCUCCCUCUCUCCCUCUUUCCCUCCCUCCUUCCCUACAUUGACUCAAUCUGCUCCUCAUUCUCUCAGCUCCUCUCCUUCCAUUCUCUCCCUCACACACUUUCCAUCCCCCCUCUCUCCCUCUUUCCCUCCCUCCUUCCCUCCCUCUCUCCCUCUUUCCCUCCCUCCUUCCCUCCCUCUCUCCCUCCUUUCAUCAGAAGCUGUGCUCGCACGAACCUUGCAGCACCGCUCUCCACCUCUGGACGGCACCGAGUCCUCUCCCACUCCCCCCACUCCCAAUCGCCUGGAGCUCUGCCUCGUUCAGAGCCGUGAUGACAUUAUAAGCCCGCCUGUUGUAGCCGCUGCGCGCGCUCUCCGCCCACAUCGCGUAAAAACGGACCAGGCGGGUAUCGCGAUAGUUUCCCUCAGCUUUCCGCUCUAUCGCCGCGUUCCUUCCGUCCCUAGUCCCUCCCCGCGCUGCGCGCGCUCUCCGUCCACAGCGCGUGACGCGGACCCUACUUGUCUCCCGGGUCUCUCGGGUGCCCCACUCAGGCUUCUCUCAGCUGUCCCUUUCAGCUGCCCCUCUCAGGUGUCUCUCAGGUUCCCCUCUCAGGUGCCCAUCCCAGGUGUCUCUCCAAUGUCUCUCAGCAAGGUGGCCAGGUUCCCCCGGCAGCUGGUGAGUGGUGCGGCAGAGCAGGUGAGUGGUGCGGCAGAGCAGGUGAGUGGUGCGGCAGAGCAGGUGAGUGGUGCGGCAGAGCAGGUGAGUGGUGCGGCAGAGCAGAUGAGUGGUGCGGCAGAGCAGGUGAGUGGUGCAGCAGAGCAGGUGAGUGGUGCGGCAGAGCAGGUGAGUGGUGCGGCAGAGCAGGUGAGUGGUGCGGCAGAGCAGGUGAGUGGUGCGGCAGAGCAGGUGAGUGGUGCGGCAGAGCAGGUGAGUGGUGCAGCAGAGCAGGUGAGUGGUGCGGCAGAGCAGGUGAGUGGUGCAGCAGAGCAGGUGAGUGGUGCAGCACAGCAGGUGAGUGGUGCGGCAGAGCAGGUGAGUGGUGCAGCAGAGCAGGUGAGUGGUGCGGCAGAGCAGGUGAGUGGUGCAGCAGAGCAGGUGAGUGGUGCGGCAGACCAGGUGAGUGGUGCGGCAGAGCAGGUGAGUGGUGCAGCAGAGCAGGUGAGUGGUGCAGCAGAGCAGGUGAGUGGUGCGGCAGAGCAGGUGAGUGGUGCAGCAGAGCAGGUGAGUGGUGCGGCAGAGCAGGUGAGUGGUGCGGCAGAGCAGGUGAGUGGUGCGGCAGAGCAGGUGAGUGGUGCAGCAGAGCAGGUGAGUGGUGCGGCAGAGCAGGUGAGUGGUGCGGCAGAGCAGGUGAGUGGUGCGGCAGAGCAGGUGAGUGGUGCAGCAGAGCAGGUGAGUGGUGCGGCAGAGCAGGUGAGUGGUGCAGCAGAGCAGGUGAGUGGUGCAGCAGAGCAGGUGAGUGGUGCAGCAGAGCAGGUGAGUGGUGCAGCAGAGCAGGUGAGUGGUGCGGCAGAGCAGGUGAGUGGUGCGGCAGAGCAGGUGAGUGGUGCGGCAGAGCAGGUGAGUGGUGCGGCAGAGCAGGUGAGUGGUGCGGCAGAGCAGGUGAGUGGUGCGGCAGAGCAGGUGAGUGGUGCGGCAGAACAGGUGAGUUGUGCGGCACAGCAGGUGAGUGGUGCGGCAGAGCAGGUGAGUGGUGUGGCAGAGCAGGUGAGUGGUGCGGCAGAGCAGGUGAGUGGUGCGGCAGAGCAGGUGAGUGGUGCGGCAGAGCAGGUGAGUGGUGCGGCAGAGCAGGUGAGUGGUGCGGCAGAGCAGAUGAGUGGUGCGGCAGAGCAGGUGAGUGGUGCGGCAGAGCAGGUGAGUGGUGCAGCAGAGCAGGUGAGUGGUGCGGCAGAGCAGGUGAGUGGUGCGGCAGAGCAGGUGAGUGGUGCGGCAGAGCAGGUGAGUGGUGCGGCAGAGCAGGUGAGUGGUGCGGCAGAGCAGAUGAGUGGUGCGGCAGAGCAGGUGAGUGGUGCGGCAGAGCAGGUGAGUGGUGCGGCAGAGCAGGUGAGUGGUGCGGCAGAGCAGGUGAGUGGUGCGGCAGAGCAGGUGAGUGGUGCAGCAGAGCAGGUGAGUGGUGCAGCAGAGCAGGUGAGUGGUGCAGCAGAGCAGGUGAGUGGUGCGGCAGAGCAGGUGAGUGGUGCAGCAGAGCAGGUGAGUGGUGCGGCAGAGCAGGUGAGUGGUGCGGCAGAGCAGGUGAGUGGUGCAGCAGAGCAGGUGAGUGGUGCGGCAGAGCAGGUGAGUGGUGCAGCAGAGCAGGUGAGUGGUGCGGCAGAGCAGGUGAGUGGUGCGGCAGAGCAGGUGAGUGGUGCAGCAGAGCAGGUGAGUGGUGCGGCAGAGCAGGUGAGUGGUGCAGCAGAGCAGGUGAGUGGUGCAGCAGAGCAGGUGAGUGGUGCAGCAGAGCAGGUGAGUGGUGCAGCAGAGCAGGUGAGUGGUGCGGCAGAGCAGGUGAGUGGUGCAGCAGAGCAGGUGAGUGGUGCGGCAGAGCAGGUGAGUGGUGCGGCAGAGCAGGUGAGUGGUGCGGUAGAGCAGGUGAGUGGUGCAGCAGAGCAGGUGAGUGGUGCGGCAGAGCAGGAGAGUGGUGCAGCAGAGCAGGUGAGUGGUGCAGCAGAGCAGGUGAGUGGUGCGGCAGAGCGGGUGAGUGGUGCAGCAGAGCAGGUGAGUGGUGCAGCAGAGCAGGUGAGUGGUGCGGCAGAGCAGGAGAGUGGUGCGGCAGAGCAGGUGAGUGGUGCAGCAGAGCAGAUGAGUGGUGCAGCAGAGCAGGAGAGUGGUGCAGCAGAGCAGGUGAGUGGUGCAGCAGAGCAGGUGAGUGGUGCGGCAGAGCAGGAGAGUGGCGCGGCAGAGCAGGUGAGUGGUGCGGCAGAGCAGGUGAGUGGUGCGGCAGAGCAGGUGAGUGGUGCGGCAGAGCAGGUGAGUGGUGCAGCAGAGCAGGUGAGUGGUGCGGCAGAGCAGGUGAGUGGUGCAGCAGAGCAGGUGAGUGGUGCAGCAGAGCAGGUGAGUGGUGCAGCAGAGCAGGUGAGUGGUGCGGCAGAGCAGGUGAGUGGUGCGGCAGAGCAGGUGAGUGGUGCAGCAGAGCAGGUGAGUGGUGCAGCAGAGCAGGUGAGUGGUGCAGCAGAGCGAUGA